GCGACCCAUCCCCGAAAUGCGCGACGCCGCCGAAGAUCAAUCCGUGUCCGUCUCGAUGCCUGCCUCGGCCCCCGCCCCCGCCUCCGCCACCGCCACCGCUGCAAGCUCCCCUCCGGCAGCAGCGGACCGCCGACUGUGCCAUCGCCUGCUCCUGGAGCUGCUGGUAUUCGUGGUCCUCCUCAUACCUAUCUGCGUGUACGAGUUCGCGGUGGAUCCCGUCCGGAGGGGGUUCUUCUGCGACGACGAGAGCAUCAGCUACCCGUUCCGGGACAAUACGAUAACGCCGGUGAUGCUGGGGCUGAUUGUGGGUCUGUUGCCGAUUCUCCUCUUCGUCCUGGUGGAGUACGUGCGCCACCUGAGAGCCGGACAGAUUUCGACCACGGUGGACCUGCUCGGAUGGCGCCUUUCCACCUGGUACGUGGAGCUUGCCCGGCAGACCACCUACUUCGGCUUCGGCAUGCUCCUCACCUUCGACGCCACCGAGGUGGGCAAGUACACCAUCGGCCGCCUGCGACCGCACUUCCUGGCCGUGUGCCAGCCGCAGCUGACGGACGGCAGCCUCUGCUCGGACCCGGCGAACCUGCACCGCUACGUGGAGAACUACGAGUGCGCCGGCGAGGGCUACUCCAUCGAGGAUGUGCGACAGGCGCGGCUCAGCUUCCCCAGCGGCCACUCCAGCCUGGUCUUCUAUGCCAUGGUGUACGUGGCGGUCUACCUGCAGCGGAAGCUCACCUGGCGCGGCUCCAAGCUCAGCCGCCACUUUGUGCAGUUUGUGCUGAUCAUGCUGGCCUGGUACACGGCCCUCAGCCGUGUGAUGGACAACUGGCACCACUGGUCCGACGUUCUCGCCGGAUCGCUGCUCGGCGUCGCCGGGGCCCUGAUCACCGUCCGCUACAUAGCCCGCCUCUUCGACCUGCCCUUCGACGGGGGCGUGGGAGCCAUUCUGGGCGGUGGGCUGCGGCGGGAGAACACCGCUGCCACCCUGCAGGAGGAGGUUUGCCCCAGCACGCCGCCGCCCUACUCGGCGAACAGCAGCUACAACGACGAUCAGUACUGUACGAAGGUCUGAGAGACCCCAAAGCAUUCCAAAGGUAGCAAUAAAGAAUAGACCGAAGAUCGGCCCGAGUUGAAUAUGUAGUAUCUACACCCCGGGCAUAGUAUUAGUCCUAGAGCACACUCCCUGCAUUUGUUAAUUCCCAUUAGAGUCUGUCUCUGUAAUCCCAUUCUACGUGUAGUAAGUAAGUCUUUGUAUUAUUAUUUGUAUAUUCUAAUUGCUAAAGUACAAUAAAUAAGUUCACCGCAUUUGUUCACAGUGUCCAAAGUCUUAACCUGCCCCAUUGUCUGCGUGCUCGCUUAUCACUUU